AUGUCGAACGAUAAAGCGCAACAUGUCCCACCAAAUCCAGAACCUAUUAGCCUUUCAACACUUCCCCUGCCACCAGUUGCACCAAGCAACGAUACCGGCGCUUGCACGUCAGAGGUGAAUCGAAAUGGCACUGGAUGCAUGAAUCUUGCUUCGAACGCGGACUUCCAAGCGGGUGGCUUCUUACCCGAUGGAAAGCAUGUUUUGGUCCACGUCACCUUUACAGGCGCGCCGUCAUCUCCGGACCCAUCCAGCAUUUACAAUGACAGUCAGAUCAUCGUCGUCAAGACCGAUGGCAAGGUAUUCCCGAGUGGAAGUCCAUGGAAGUGUCUUACUUGUGGACUGGGUGAGAAAAACACAAGAGGAAUGAACCCGACAUAUAGCUACCCCCAGGCAUUUGGCGACGGAAAGAGAGUUCUAUUUGGCACUAAUAUACUCGACUGUGGAGAGAAUGAACUGGUUGAUGCGGCCUGUACACCCGAACGCACUCAUGUUUACCCCAUACGGUGGAAUCGAAGUCCUGACGGGACUGGGGAAGGCGGCGCUAUUCGGGAACUGCGUUUGCACCCCGAAGACGUCCAUCUUGGGUUCAAUGCUUUCACAACUAACGCUCAAAAGAUCGGUCAGUACGCGUACUUCGGAAGAUUGAAGUUCAACGCGGAGCCAACGGUGGGCAUACCACUUGUCCCACGUUACGAUCUCAUCAAAGUCACCCGACUCUUCAACCCAGAAGCGGACCAACCUAUUGCGAUGCGUGGUAAGCACAUCACCAUAAAUCGGAACGCCAUAACUGUAGGCGAGCUUCGUGGUUUCAGCGGCAGGGGAACUGAAGCUACGUACAUCGGCUAUCCGGCCGAGUCCUCCAACAUUGAUGUCUUCGCUGUUCACUUGCAGACUGGCAAUGUCCGGAGACUUACAACCCACCCAGAAUACUGCGAUCCUAUUGCUAUCUCACCUGACGAUAAUUGGAUGGCGGUUUUGGAUACACGGGGAACAGACCGUCAAAUGUGGCUCUCUGGCAUGAGACAUAUUCCACCUAUUACCGACCUGCCGUAUCUUUUGGAUAGGUAUGGUGAUCGCGGGGAAUACUUUGGGCAGAAGAUCAAUGGGGAAGGGGAGGGGGUUCCUGGUAGUGGCGACUAUAAUGACCCGGAGUGGAAUGCAAUGGCUGACCCGACAUGGUCUCCGGACGGCACCCAGGUUGUGUACGGGGAGGCUCAAACACUUCCACCUGCGUGCGGGGGGACAAACCCGCUUCCAUGCUAUCCGUCUAAGGAGCCAGGAGGUAGACGAGUGCGUGUAAUAUUGGCAACUCUUACUACUCGUGAGCCCCUUGAUCUUCCUCCAGUCGACCCCGUCUCGGAUGAGGUACCAUGGGGCGUCGAGUACUCUCCAGGAGAAAUCGAUCCACAGCGUUCCGAGCCAACACCUGGGAACUACACACUAAUGGGGCUCAGUUGUGGAUAUGCGGAUGUUGAGAUCGUGAGGGGAGAUUAUGCAUCUAUCAAUGAGAUCAGUGUAGUCUAUCAUCACUUCUCAGAUGAUGGAUCAAAGUUUCUGUCAGGAUCAGAAACAGUUCGCGCCACGUUUCCAUCGCUGACGCUCAGUCAUGUCGAUUGGUAUUCUGACCUGACUCAAACUGGAAGCUCAAAGAAUACGAAAAAGACAAACUCGGGUGGCUUUCACCUCACUAUUGACAUUUUGAAGAACAUAUUUCAGGCAAAUGGGACCAUGAACACCACAAUCGAUGGCCAUCUCUAUACACAGCCUGCGAACGGGACCUGA